AUGGCGUCAAGACAUCGCCCUCCUCUGCGGGAAGUAUUUUCCAACACGUUUGUUUUCUUGUUUUUGCUGUGGGUGGCUUGUGUCUCAGGGACCACGUUGACAGACGCGCGGUCAGCUGUGGCCGCGACGCAGCUCAUACUGGCUCAACAGGCGCAAUUAUUCAAUGGAAUUUUGAACGCUACAGACUAUGGUUGCUCUCAUCAAGACGCUGUCCACCGAACGGCCAUGGAGAAGGAAUGUCCCUUUCCAUACGCCAACUUCAUGGGCGAUUGUUUCUACGCGAGCAAGUACAAACUAAAAUGGCACGAUGCCCGUCAACACUGCCUUGAUAUGAAUGGCGACCUGGCAGUGCCCACCAUGCUGUAUGCUCUCAAGACGUAUGUGAUUGAGGAAAGAGUGUCAAGAUCCACGUGGAUUGGAGGCCUGGACGAGGAGGACGGCAGCGGCUGGCACUGGGUGAACGGGCAGCCCAUCGACGACAACUACUGGGCACUGGGAAGCCCUGGCACCAACCAAAAGACUCAACAGUGUCUGGAGUUAACACGCAACCGCCACCCCCCUCUAAAGAGCAAGACGUGUACCACAAUGUUCAAGUUCAUCUGCCAGUAUAACUAGAAAAUGUUAUACUAAAUCAGAGAUUUUAUGUGUCUACGUUAGCUAGAUAUUUGUCGCUCCCGUGGAGUACUUAUUUUCGUAAAAAAAAACUAAUGUUAUUUGGCUAUCAGGUGACUGGAGCAAGAUAUAUUAUUUAGAUUAUUAUAUAUAUAUAAAAGGUAGUUAUCAUUUAUCUUUAUAAAAGUCAUUUCAUCUUGAAAUGUAUAUGUUGAUCCUGUUGGUGAAUUUGUUUCAGCUUGAGUACAAAUAAACUGUAUGGUGUUUA